AGUAGAAGCACCUGCGUGGUGUGCGGGGGUGGAGCGGGGGCUGGAGGGAGAGUUAAUGAUUUGCCACGGGCUCAUUUCGCAACUUAACCAAGGGUCAGCUUCCCGUGACCAUGUACCAGCUGCGUCCUCUGGUCCACGCUCCACUUGCCCGCUUCCACCCGGAAGGCCCCCCAGGCUGAGUGCAGCAUGAUCUCCAUCACCGAAUGGCAGAAGAUUGGUGUGGGGAUCACCGGUUUCGGCAUCUUCUUCAUCCUCUUUGGAACACUCCUGUACUUUGAUUCCGCGCUCCUGGCCUUCGGAAACCUGCUGUUCCUGACGGGCCUCUCCCUCAUCAUUGGCCUGAGGAAGACCUUUUGGUUCUUCUUCCAACGGCACAAGCUCAAGGGAACCAGCUUCUUCCUGGGGGGUGUGGUUAUCGUGCUCCUACGCUGGCCCCUCCUGGGCAUGUUCCUGGAAACUUACGGAUUCUUCAGCCUGUUUAAGGGCUUUUUCCCUGUCGCCUUCGGCUUCCUGGGCAAUGUCUGCAACAUCCCCUUCCUGGGUGCGCUGUUCCAGAGACUUCAAGGCACUAGCUCGAUGGUCUGACAACAGAGAUGAGCUCCUUGAACUGGGAUCAUUGGUUGAGGGGGCUAGAGGGAGAACGGGAACCACCCCCUCAGUCCCCCGCAGUGACUCACUCCCCGACAUAUCCGGACCUCCCCAAGUCCAGAAGGAAGGAAUGGAGUCGAGCAACUGACGUCAAAUCCCCAAGUUGACUCGAGAGGCUGCCAGGAAGCAGAGAUGCAGACCCCAAGGAGACUGGGCUGAGGCUGGCAUCACACCCUCACUCUAUAUUUAUGGGAGGAAAAGUGAAGAUUAAAUUCCCAAGUUGUGCGUGUGUCUAA